CUUCCCCCAGUCUUCCUUAACUGCCACAAUUUAGUGACUGUCUAUGUUGUGUCGUAGGGGAGCAGUGCACUGAGAUGGAUCCCAUCCUGGAGGUCCUGACUGGGGCCAACACUACUGGAGGCCCCUCCUUGAACCACAGCAACAACCCCCUGGACAUGUUCUCUGGCAUGCAACUGCUGCUGCGCUUCAAGCCCCUCUUCCUGCCCCUCUACUGCCUCCUGGUGGCUGUGGCCGGCAUAGGCAACUCCAUCCUGCUGGCCUGUAUCCUGGCCGAUAAGAAGCUCCACAACGCCACCAACUUCUUCAUCGGUAACCUGGCGGCCGGCGACCUGCUGAUGUGUCUGACCUGCGUCCCUCUGACCGCCUCGUACGCCUUCGACAGCCGCGGCUGGGCCUUCGGACGCCCUCUUUGCCACCUGGUGCCGCUGCUGCAGGCCGCCACUGUCUUCGCCUCGGUACUGUCCCUCACGGCCAUCGCCGUGGACCGCUACGUGGUGGUGGCCCACCCAGUGAGGAGGAGGAUCUCUGUCGGGGGCUGCGGCGCGGUGGCUCUGGGGGUGUGGGGGUUGUCUCUGGCCUUGGCUGCCCCUCCCUCCCUCCACACGCGCUACCUGGACCUGAGGCCCCGCGGGGUGGAGCUGGUGGUGUGUGAGGAGUUCUGGCCGAGCUCUGGCCAGCUCAGGCUGCUCUACUCCUGCUGUAUCCUGGUAGCCUCCUACAUGAUCCCUCUGCUGUCAGUCAGCGUGUCCUACUGUGCCAUCACAGUGCACCUGAGACGCCACACGCUGCCCGGAGAGCCCUCACACUGCCAGCAGCGCUGGAGCCAGAGGAGGAGGAAAACCUUCUCUCUCCUGGUGGCGUCUGUGCUUGCCUUUGCCCUCUGCUGGCUGCCCCUGCAGGUGCUGAACCUGCUGCUGGACCUGGACCCAGACUACCACAUCGUGGACAAGCGCUAUGUCAACGUGCUGCAAGUGUGCUGCCACCUGGUGGCCAUGAGCUCCGCCUGCUACAACCCCUUCAUCUACGCCUCCCUGCACAGCAAGAUAUGGCUGCACCUCAAGGGCUACCUGUGCCCUUGCCGCCGCCAGGGGCCCCCAGGGGGCCAGCUCCUCUCCCGCUGCACCUCCCGGAACCCGGCCACCUGCCUCAGCCUGCUCUCUGAGGUCCCCGCCCCCGGCAAGGAGACCCCGGGGGCCACCGGUCGAGAGUCCGACAGCACCCUCUGAGAACAUCAGGAACCACAGCAUGGUUUAUAGGUAGGGGUCAAAAGGUGAUAUGCCAUAGCAACAGCCAUUACAUAUAUCUCAUACACGCAGUUAGAGACGACGUAGGAGCAGGGAGGAGGGGGAGAAUGAGGAGAGGCAGAGAGACAGUGGGACAGGGGGAUCAGACUUCUCUGGAGACCGUCAGCCCUCUGGAUCGUUCAUUCUAUUUGCCUUGGGUGUCACUACAGCAGCCCUGCUGCCAAGGACGAUGAGCAGGUCCCACAUCUUCUGUGAGGCAGAGCGUGUAAACACUGUUGGGACCUUGGGCUGGGAUGCAGGUCUGGAAAGUGGCAGAGGGGGGUGAUGACCCUGCUCUGAACUCCUCACUCUCCAAAUGGAUUACACACACGAAACAGAGGAGAGCAACAGGGCACAAACAGUCCGCAAGGAUAGCUCACUCUUUUCCGUUGUUCCCUCGUUCUACUCUGCCUUCGCCUGAUUAUGACGUUUCUUACUUUCUCUCCCUCUUCUUACUCUCUCUUGAUUCCUUUUUCCAAUGUAUUUCAAUGCAUGUAGCUUUACUUUUAUUUUGAUUCCUCUCUCUCUCCUUUUCUCUCUGUCCCCCUUUCCCUAGCUCCCCCCCAUCUUGUCUUUCUCUGCCUGGGCCAUGGAGCGAUUCCCCAGCCCAGUGCUAGUUAGGUGUGUUGGAGUAUCUUUGAACAGGUGUUAAUCCCUGCAGUCUCAAACCCAAUCAGCUCCCUGGAACUCAAUUAAUCCGAAGCAAAGCGCUAUCUGUGCAGUCACCCACUGUGAUAUUAUGGCUGCCAUGUUGACUGACAGCCCAGGAACAGCACCCAGUCUGCCAAAUGUACCUCACAAUUGGAUUAGUUUCUUAUCUGUUGCUGAGUAGCGCAACUAGAACACAACAUACACUUUUUAACCCAUUGUUAUGCCACUUGCUGAACCCAGAGACACUGACUUUGAGCCUAAUCAAAUGGAUUCAUUCCCAGAGGCCCUUUCUGUUGGUGUCUGUGAAUUGGUGGCCCACCCAGUGAGGAGGAGGAUCUCUGUUAGUUGUUUUCAAAGUGAAUUUCUCCUCCCCAAAAAAACUGGUGUUGCACAAAGCUCCUGCCAUCUGAUUUCCCAGUGUGUCGUGAUAACAAGUGGGGUUUCAAGCCAAAAUCAUAACUCUGUUGUCAUCUUUUGACAAUAUAAUUUAUAGCGAUGGUUACACUGAGUGAAAGUGAGCUUCCUAGCUGUGGUUUCAGUGGCUGUAUCAGAGGAUGAAGCGUGUGUUUCUAACAGGGCUGGGCACCGGUGUCCAUGUCUGUCUAGUUCGCUGGGGUUCAUGUAGCUAACAUUCACAAGGCCUCUGAGCACGCUGUCACUGACUCACUCUAGCACACCACCCACUGUGUCAAAGUCCAACAAGAACACUGGGUUUGAAUGGCUUUAAUUGUGAUCUGUAUGGAUGUUUGUGUACGACCAGAUAUCAAACUGACUUUAAAAACAGACUGCCGCUGUUAAGUGUGAGCAAAAUGUUUUUUUUUUUUUUUUCAAUCUUCAAAAUCAAAUAUAAUGGAAAAGGCACAGGGGUUUUGAAUGAACCUCCUUUAAACAAAUAGAUCAUGUAGGUUUUGAGUAAUACACCGUGUCACACAUACUGUACACACAUCCGAAACAAUUACUUGCAGCGAAUGCAUGCCUGCAGUUUCACACAUCCCUGUUACACACACAGUGUUUCUGUUCCUUCUCUGAAGAGCCACCUGUUCUACCCUGCCUCAUUGUUGGCAUCACCUUGGUUUCCUGUAUGAGGUUCAGAGGCAUCAUGCACAUAGGGGGCACAAGGGCAGAUUUUUCCUGUUGAUUUAUUUUUCAGAUGUUAAAUGAAUUACUGAACAAAAUGUUUAACCCCACAUUUUCUCAUAAUUAUUUAUAAAAAAGAAUCUGUCAGCCGUAUUUCGCAGAGAGGGCACAAUGACUGGACCAGGCAAACAGUACACCCCCCCCCCCUCCCCCAUUCUACCUAGUAAAUGGUUCCUUCCAGGGUUAAAUCAAAUUGUAUUAGUCACAUGUGCCGAAUACAACAGUGAAAUG